ACUGCUCCUCCCAGCAGCAUCUACACCAGACUGAAACCAACAACUGAAACUACAACGCACUGUGUGACUCAUAAUUAAUACCAUUCAGGACAUAUACAGAGAAAAUCUCACUUAAACUGCUUCUCAUCUUCCCUGGAAAAAGCUGGGACCAUGGUUGUCGUGUGAAAACGGACCAGUGUGACACCGACUGGAGGGACGGACAGAGCCUAAAAGCCUGUUUCAGGUGUCAGCUGGUAAAGCGGUGUGUGAGUGUGAGAGUGUGUGAGUGCGUGUGUGUGUGUGUGUAUGCCUGUAGGCACGUGUGUUUUCCCAGCCCUGUCAGUAUUCGGAGCAGAGUGUGACCUGAACAUAUCAGAGGGACAAUGAGCGAGCUGGAACAGUUGCGGCAGGAAGCUGAGCAACUACGCAAUCAGAUCCGGGAUGCCAGGAAAGCCUGCAGUGACUCCACUCUGUCACAGAUCACAGCUGGUCUGGACUCAGUGGGCCGGAUACAGAUGCGGACGCGACGCACUCUCAGGGGCCACCUGGCCAAGAUCUAUGCAAUGCACUGGGGGAGUGACUCCAGUGACGGCAGUCCCAGGUUACUUGUCAGUGCCUCGCAAGAUGGAAAACUCAUUAUCUGGGACAGCUACACAACAAAUAAGAUGCAUGCCAUCCCCCUGCGUUCUUCCUGGGUGAUGACGUGUGCCUACGCCCCCUCUGGGAACUAUGUGGCCUGUGGAGGCCUGGACAACAUCUGCUCUAUAUACAGUCUGAAGACUCGCGAGGGCAACGUACGCGUCACCAGAGAGUUACCUGGACACACAGGUUAUUUGUCCUGCUGUCGCUUUUUGGAUGAUAACCAAAUACUGACAAGCUCCGGAGACACGACCUGUGCAUUGUGGGACAUCGAAACAGGCCAGCAGGCCACCACAUUCACUGGUCACACAGGUGAUGUCAUGAGUCUGUCUCUGAGCCCCGACUACAAGACCUUCGUGUCCGGAGCCUGUGACGCCACAUCAAAGCUGUGGGACAUCCGCGAUGGCAUGUGUAGGCAAUCCUUCACCGGCCACGUGUCCGACAUCAAUGCUGUCAGCUUCUUCCCCAAUGGGAACGCCUUUGGCACAGGCUCGGAUGAUGCCACCUGCAGGCUGUUUGACCUGCGUGCCGACCAGGAGCUGAUGAUGUACAGCCAUGACAACAUCAUCUGCGGCAUCACCUCUGUGGCUUUCUCCAAGAGCGGCCGUCUGCUCCUGGCUGGCUACGAUGACUUCAACUGCAACGUCUGGGACACUUUGAAAGGCGAACGUGCAGGUGUGUUAGCAGGUCAUGACAACAGAGUGAGCUGCUUAGGAGUGACGGAGGACGGCAUGGCUGUGGCCACCGGCUCCUGGGACAGUUUCCUCCGGAUCUGGAACUAAAACAAUCCUCUGGUUCUUCUUCUUACCUUGUCGUACUCAAUCACUGCCUGCCAACUUCCCAAACCCUGCAAUUCCCUCCCACCCGACGACGAUGAUGACGACAACGACAACAACAUCUUCAGACUCAUGCGCCGGCCUGGACCUACAGCAGGUUCACACUGUGUCAGUCCACAAAUCCCCUUCCAUUCCUCACCCCAGCUGCCAAAAAAUGCUUUUAUUUUUCACCCGGUUAUUUCACAGAAAUAAAUUAAGAGCUUUUUGGUUGAAACGGAAAUAGAAUAAAUGACGAGUCAACUGAAAAAACUGAAGGAAAAAAAUCUUCCCUCUCACCAGUUCUUGUCUAAAGGGGAGAAUAAGAGCAUCUGUUACCGUGACAACCAACAAGCACUAUGACCAUCAGUGCGUAAAAUGUAAAUGUAUAUAUAAAGACAGUAUAUAUGUAUAGCAUUAUGUGUGUAUAUAUACAUCAUAUAUGCAUAUAUAAUGUGUAUGUAUAUAUUUUUGUAAUUUCUUUCCCACCUUUACAUUUUUUUAUGAUUUUUGGAGGUUUUAUUUUUUAGUUAGUUACAUAUUCACAUUAUGCCACAUCAUUCUAGACCUGGGAGAAAUGGUAAAACUAAACUCUUAAUUUAUCCAAGACUCAGCAGCUCACGUAUUGGCAGAUUUUAAUUGACUCAUUCUGCAAGGAAACAAGACAAGAAAAAACAAACAAACUAAAACUCAACAUGUUUUUAAGGUCACAGGCAGUGAAUUUCUGUCCAUCCUGUACCUACAAGAUGUUAAUGUGAAUAAUUCCUGUAUUUUUUUUUUUUUUACACGAACCCUUGACAUUCCUCUCUUUUCUGUUGAAAACGGUUUGUUGUGAAUGUGUGAAAACCAACAGGAUUUUUUUUUUGUUUUAAACUUAGUCUGGGUCCAGCUUUAUCUCCAAAACAGAGACCAGUUGUUGCAAAUUACCGGAUGCUAUAUAUAUUAACAUCGCAUCCAGUCUGUGCAAAUCAGCGGCUGUGUGAUACGAUGAAUAAGCCCACGAUGGUCCCUGAACUGAGGUUUUCCAUCAUAAUAUCCCGUCUCCUGCCUGGUCAUGGAGUCGACUUAAAUGCACUGUUGGAGCAUCUGGAGUCGCCCGUACAAACAACCUGGAGACGAAGUUGCUCCCUGUGUGGACCAAUGGGAGAUCAGCUUUUCAUUCCAUGAGGAUUAUAAAGGACCAUAAAGGACUGGAGUGACUCUGUCUGCUCCUGCGACGACUGGAGACAAGACAGAAAGACAGAACAAGACGUCUGUCAGAGCUUACCAUGUCAUUUUUUUUCUUUGUAAAUGAAGGAUCUGCAAGUCCUUUUUGUCGAGGUGUGAACUGAGAAACUGCAUGGAACUUACAUGUUAGCCAACUCAAAAAAAAAAAAAAAAAAAAAAAAAAAAAAAUUCACACCGGUGCCACCACAAGCCUCUAAAAAAACAAACCAACAAACACAAAAAAAAAUAACAAAAAGGGUUUUUUUUUAAGAAGAGUUUAACACUUUCUUUUCCUCACCAAAAACAUGUUAUGAACUGUUAAAUAUUGCUAGUGAAGAAAGUCCACUUGGUAGACAGAUGUACACUUAUAGUUAGAGCUAGACCUGCACUCAUGGACCGUGUCCAAACGUAAACUCCUCGUCCGUCACAUGUGAUUCCUGUCCCCAUGGAGGUGGUCUCUCUGUAUUCGUCUCAUCUUUCAUCGUUUUUCCAAAAGGCUUCAUUUUUAACAAGCUAAUCUGGCUAAUGUCUGUGAGUUGGACCUAUCCAUCAGUUGUCUCAGGUGCCUGUCUCUUGACCUUUGACCCCCACACAUGGGCCAGAUCAGGGGGGGUUCAUACUCCUGUGAGAUGUGGCACUACUGUGUCUCCAUUCUGCCUUACGAAAGCAUUCAUACUAGAAGGUAAUGUCAACUACAAAACCCUUCUACUAUUCUUAUCUCCUGUUUUUACACACUGAUGAAUUCAAAGAGAUUCUGAGUUGUUUUUCUUGACCCAGUAGAAGCACAUUCUGAUACUAGUGAACACUAAGCGCAGGCCAAUAGAAACCCCACACAUCCAGCUCCAUCAAGCAAAUGAUUCUUAACCCCUUUUCUACAAAGCCUGCUUUCUACUACUGCCGCACGCUUUGUAGUAUUUAUUAAGGUUCAGACUCGAUUAAACUCUUGUGACUAUUUGAGCGGUAAAUUGCUUCUACCUGUUUUGCAUUAGAGAAUCCACCUGGAGAGAAUGUUCAAAACCGUAGUUUGUAGAAGGACUGGGUGAUAAAAUACUAUGACGAUAGAGGACUUAAAUGAAAACCAAAAAUAACCUAUAAGAAAAUAUGAAAGUGGUGUAAAAGGCACCACCAUAUGAAGACAUCUGUAGUCUCUGGUUGGACAAAAUGAAAACAAUCUGAUAUUUUACUCAACAUGAUGAAUACAUUGAAACAUUUUGUGUAAUAUCUGAACAAAACAAACUUCUGGACAAAAGAAAGUUUGUGAGAGUUUGACAGUAAAUCGAAUUAUCACAGCAUUGUGGUACUGAUGCAGAAGGUUUUGUCACCCAGCCCUGAUUUUCAGCCUGAGAACAUGUGUGAGGUGUGUAGAAUGUGAUACUGUGUGUUCCACAUAUCAGUGUUGAGGUGUGUGUAUGUAUGUGGCGGCCGUGAGACUCGUAUGUGGGUCACACACAGACCCAAGUGUUACUUCCUCAUUUGUGCCAACUUUCUCCACAGACCCUGAGCUGUGAACUGUAAACCGUGUCCACUGGACCAGUCUUUGCCAGCCUUUGUUGAACCCAGUCCCGUCAGUGUCCGACACAAUGUGAUCAAACACCUGAAUGUGUCUCUGUCAGAGCUGCAUACACACUUUACUUUCAUUGAGUAUUUUCCAUAUUAACCAAACAGGUGUUUUCUGUAUAAAAUGUCUCUUUAGUUUGUUCUGUCGUGGGCGAGAGUAGAGACAGAUUGAAGACCAUCAGGAGAGUCCAGAUUUAUCUCUAAUACAGAAUCAGUCAUCAGUUUAGUGGACUCUGGUUUCAGAUCAGUGGAUAUGUCAACACUCAGCUGCUGAUAACCAUUAUUGAGGAAUCUAUUAGAUGUUUUUUUUUUUUAUAACAUGUGGAUCACAGGGUCGACACAUGAAGCCAGAUUAAUGUCAAAGGAUUGUGUUGUUUACGUUAAGAAUGCACUGAUGUAUACAAAUCUGGCCAAUAGCAGGAUCUGUUAUGUAGUUUGCGUUGGGGGGUCGAAUCGAUCAUGAUGAAAUAAGUGAACUUGACAGUCUUUCAGGCCUCAGCAUAAAUUCAAAUGUUGUCUCAUACUCAGACAAAACUGAGUAAGAACGACGCUCAGCAUGUAUAUGGGUCCAUCCAUAUGUUUUAUCGGUUCCAGCUUUUCCAGUUUCCACCCUAAUCAUCCAAAAUAAUGUGAAGUUAUUCAGGUUGGCAAGUCAUUCCAACAUUGCAAAAAAGUUUGACAAAUGUGACUGGAAGUGUAAGACAAAGUUCACUUGAAAUGGAUGUUUUUUUGAAUGUCAUUAACGUACUGAAAUAGAAAUUUUUAAAUUAUGAACAAAAAAAAGUUCAUAUAAUGAACAACUGAUGUUGAAAAUCAAUCUGGAAACCGUUUACGUUCUUGAACAAAAUCAUUCAGGCCAUUUAAGGGACCGUGUAUUACGAUGAACGUCUAUAGAAAAUCACAGGUGCAACAGGAAUUCUUUUCUAAAUUUUUGAAAAUGUAAAACUUGGGGAGAGGAGAGAACACCAAACCACCCCCCAGCCCCAGAACCCUGGAUUUAACAUUGGAUCUCCAUUUCUAAAAGGUUAACAUAUAGAUCAAAGAUACAGAAACCAGAAAACCUUCUCAUUUCCCUGAGGAGUCUUUGUAUUUUAUUUAGAAAUUAAAAAUGAUAUAAACUGAUUGAUUAUCCAAAUAGUUGCAGAUUAAUGUAUCAGUUGACGUCUAAUUGACCGAUGGAUGAAGUGUUGCAGCUGUAGUUCUGUGUCUGACAGAGCGUAUGCAACUCAAAAAAAAAAAAAGAGACAAAAAUAAUGGACUGACACUCUGAACUUUACCCACAGACUGUGUUUUUUUCCCGCUUUCAUUCAGUCACAUGCUGCAUGAAACUGACAACAGAAAACCCACCACAGCCUUUAACAUAACAGCUGAAAAAAAGAAGGGGGGGGUGGUCUGUAUGUGGACCCCCUGUGGACCUGAGCAGUAUUAGCAUCUAGAACCUGAACUCAAACACUUGGACCUGUGCCUGUGGACUUGGACUCACUCAUCC